AUGAUCACGGUGGCAGCACCGGAGGCGCAGCCGCAGGUGGCGGGGGCCGUGGCGCCCGCGGCGCCGGAGGAGACCGUGUUCCGGUCGAAGCUGCCGGACAUCGACAUACCCAGCCACCUGCCCCUCCACGACUACUGCUUCGCGAGGGCGGCGGAGGUCGCGGACGCGCCGUGCCUCAUCGCGGCGGCCACGCGGAGGACCUACACGUACGCCGAGACGCGCCUCCUGUGCCGCAAGGCCGCGGCGUCUCUCCACGGGCUCGGCGUCGGCCAGGGCGACCGCGUCAUGAUCCUGCUCCAGAACUCCGUCGAGUUCGUGCUCACCUUCUUCGGCGCGUCGUUCCUCGGCGCCGUCACCACGGCCGCCAACCCGUUCUGCACGCCGCUGGAGAUCCACAAGCAGUUCAGGGCCUCCGGCGCGAAGCUCAUCGUCACCCAGUCCGCCUACGUCGCCAAGCUCCGGCACGAGGCCUUCCCGAGGAUCGGCACGGCGAGCGACGGCGGCGGCGAGGACGACAAUGCCCUCACCGUCCUCACCAUCGACGACGCGGCCAACACCCCGGAAGGCUGCCUGGCGUUCUGGGAGCUGGUCACGCCCGCCGACGACGCCGCGCUCCCGGAGGUGACCAUCGCCCCCGAUGACCCCGUGGCGCUGCCGUUCUCGUCGGGCACCACGGGGCUGCCCAAGGGGGUGGUGCUGACCCACGGCGGGCAGGUGUCCAACGUGGCGCAGCAGGUGGACGGCGCGAACCCGAACCUGUACAUGCGGGAGGGCGACGUCGCGCUCUGCGUGCUGCCGCUGUUCCACAUCUUCUCGCUCAACUCGGUGCUGCUGUGCGCGCUGCGCGCCGGCGCGGCGGUGAUGCUGAUGCCCAAGUUCGAGAUGGGCGCGAUGCUGGAGGACAUCCAGCGGUGGCGCGUCACGGUGGCCGCCGUCGUGCCGCCGCUGGUGCUCGCCCUGGCAAAGAACCCCGCGCUGGAGAAGUACGACCUCAGCUCCAUCCGGAUCGUGCUCUCCGGCGCCGCGCCGCUUGGCAAGGAGCUCGUCGACGCGCUCGGCGCCCGCGUGCCACAGGCCGUCUUCGGACAGGUCAGUGUCUACUGUCUACUGUUCUGUUCCCUGUUUCACCGCUACCUUGCCAAGUAG